GCAAUGAAAAGCAUGUGUCCAACCAACUAAAACCUUUCCUGAAUAAAUAGGCAGGCAUUUGGUCUAUCACAGUUAAUUCACUUACAUUGCAGGAAAUGGAGAUUAGAAAAGAGGAUGAAAUUGAGGACAUGUCGGUACUGUCUCCUCCAACAAUGAGGUCUAUGCAUAUUGCAGGAAGUAGUGGUUUUGGUCACAGCAUAGAGUAUAUGUCUCAAGCCUACCUUAGGAAUAGGUACUCAGGAAUUGAUAUAGAGGAAUAUAGCUUGAAUAUGAAUCAAGAUCGCCCACUUCCUAUUUUUCUCAAGUUUGAAGAUGUGGAGUAUAGAGUGAGGAAUAGCCAAGCUUCCUCUGCCAAUCCUGUGAAGGCAGUAGUCUCAAAGGUAGCCUCGCAGCUGCACUUGGAGCAAGAUAAUUACAAGAAAAUCUUGAAGGGUAUUACAGGAAGCAUUGGCCCUGGUGAAAUUCUUGCGCUAAUGGGUCCUUCUGGUAGUGGUAAAACAACCUUGUUAAAGAUAAUUGGAGGAAGAUUAACAGACAAUGUUAAAGGAAGCAUUACUUACAAUGACAUUCCUUAUAAUGCAGCCCUCAAGAGAAGGAUUGGAUUUGUGACACAGGAUGAUGUGCUAUUCCCACAACUUACGGUGGAAGAAACUCUGGUCUUUGCUGCAUUCUUAAGACUUCCUGAAAACAUGAGCCGACAACAGAAAUAUGCAAGAGUUGACAUCAUCGUAAAGGAGCUAGGCCUUGAAAGGUGUCGUCACACAAGAAUUGGAGGAGGAUUCAUCAAGGGAAUAUCAGGUGGAGAAAGAAAAAGAACCAGCAUUGGCUAUGAAAUUCUUGUUGAUCCUUCAUUAUUGCUGCUUGAUGAACCAACCUCAGGCCUUGAUUCUACUUCAGCAAAUAGACUUCUUCAGGUUCUUCAAGGACUAGCAAAGGCAGGAAGGACAGUAAUUACGACAAUCCAUCAGCCUUCAAGCAGAAUGUUUCACAUGUUUGACAAACUUCUGCUGAUAUCAGAAGGCUACCCUGUGUACUAUGGGAAGGCUAGGGAUUCUAUGGAGUAUUUUUCUUCGUUAAGCUUCAUUCCUGAAAUUACAAUGAACCCUGCAGAGUUCUUGAUCGAUUUAGCAACCGGACAAGUGAAUGACAUAAGUGUGCCUCAAGAUCUAUCAGCACCUCCUGGAGCUCCUGAUUCUGACAAGGCAGUAAUUAAAUACCUUCAACUCAAAUACAAAACUGAAAUCGAGCCAAGAGAUAAAGAGAAUCACCGGCUUGCAACAGCACCUGAGCAUCUGCAAUUGGCAAUUCAAGUUAAGAAAGAUUGGACACUGAGUUGGUGGGCACAAUUUAUGAUAAUUUUCAAGAGAACAUACAGAGAAAGAUGUAGAGAUUAUUUUGACAAGCUAAGACUAGUUCAAGCAGUUGGAGUUGCACUCUUAUUAGGCCUUCUUUGGUGGAAGUCUCAAACAGGAACCGAGGCUCAAUUAAGAGAUCAAGUUGGCUUAAUGUUCUACAUAUGCAUUUUCUGGACAUCCUCAUCAAUCUUUGGAGCAGUAUAUGUGUUUCCAUUUGAGAAAAUAUAUUUGGUUAAAGAAAGGAAAGCAGACAUGUACAGAUUAAGUGUGUACUAUGUUUGCAGCACUCUCUGUGACAUGAUGGCUCAUGUGUUCUAUCCUACAUUUUUCAUGGUCGUAGUCUACUUCAUGGCGGGUUUUAAGAGGACAAUCCCUUGCUUCUUCUUCACAUUGUUUACCAUUCUAUUGAUAGCUGUUACCAGCCAAGGUGCAGGAGAACUAUUUGGAGCUGCAAGUUUGAGCAUCAAAAGAGCAGGAAUGUUUGCUUCUUUGAUUUUAAUGUUGUUUCUUCUCACUGGAGGCUACUAUGUCCAGCAUAUACCGAAAUUCAUGCAAUGGUUGAAGUACUUAUCUUUUAUGUACUACGGGUUUAGGCUUCUUCUGAAAGUUCAGUACGACGGAGAAGAGUUAUAUGAAUGUGGAAGCAAAGGAGGAUGCCGGCCUCUGCAGACUUCGCCGUCGUUUGACACGGUGAACUUGAAAGGUGGAUUGGAAGAAGUGUGGGUGCUACUAGCCAUGGCUCUGGGAUACAGGAUUAUUGCUUACUUCUGUCUUCGCAGGAGGAUUCAUGUAUGCCAUCUCUGAGCUGAUGAUACUUUUUGGAAAUAAAAAUUGACUUGAAAACAAAUGAAGAAAAUUCAUAUUUUUAUUAGUUAAGGAAUUAAGACAAGAGCAAAUCAAGAUUUGUAUGACUGAGUAAGAACAAAAGCUGUAAAUUAUGAAUACAACAAACCUUGCCUGAACUCAUCUGUUCAGGAAAGUGCAACAUCUUUUUAA